AUGGAGAGCGGCGCGGGGGGGCGGGGCACCGAACCCGGAAGAGAGGGGAGGGCCCUGAGGAGGGCGGGGCCUUCUAAGGGGCGGGGCCUGCGGGCGGGGAUGCGGAAGGCGCUGGGACCCCGAUCGGUCAGCAACCACCCCCACCCCCAACCCGCUGCACGCUCUCGCCCCUGCGGCGCGCCCGGAACUGGUGCGGCCGGCCGGGCAGGCCCGGCCCGGGGACGCAGCGGGGCGCGCGAUCCCCGAGUGCAGCCCCCGAACUGCCGCUUUUUGCUACGCGUUCCUCUGACCGCAGUGCUCGGGGGCUUCUCGCCGUCGCGGUCACGGGCUUCUGAUGGCAGUGGCUUCUCGGAGCUGCACACGGGCUCUCGGGGGCCUGGGUUUCAGCAGCUGCGGCCCCGGGCUCUAGAGCUCAGCAGCUGUGGCUCACCGGCUCAGCUGCUUCUUGGCCUGGUCUGGAGCGUCCAGACCCUACAGGCCCCCCGGAGGGGCCAGCUGGCCGAGGGCCCCAGCGGAGCAACACCUCGUCAGGCGCACCAGGAAUGCCGCAGCAUCUCCGCAGCAGUCUCGGGGGAUAUGCUGAUGAGUUCUUCCACCAGCCAGGGUAGAUCUGAGCAAAUAAAACCUUCCAGGCCUGGGCAAUCAUUCCCCCCACCCCUUUGCUCCCUGGGGCCCUUUCUCAUCUUAGCUCUGCUCCUGCAGGAAGCAGGACAGAAAGAACUCGGCUUGAUGCAAGGGGAGGAGAGAGCAUAG